GGAAAGGGGGGGUGAUGUUUCUGGAUAGCCUUCGGCAGCCCAAGACGCCCGAGCCCAGUCCGUCGCCAUGGCGUGCGCCGCCCGGGGCCCGCGCCCGGAGCUGGCGCCCAUGCCGCUGACGGCUGGGGCCGCCAGGCAGGCGGUGGGCGCCUACAAGAAGGCCAAGGCGUGGGCAAAUGCUGUGCAGCUUCUUGCAGGGAUGUCAGAUUCCCGGAUCCUUCCAGACCUGGCCUUCUACAAUGCCGUGCUAGCUUCCUGCUCUGGCGUCUGGCAAGUGGGCGUUCGGCUGCUGAUGGAGAUGCAUGACGGGUCCGCAUUGGCGCCGGACGGCCUGAGCUUUGGCUUCCUUGGGCAGGCCCCCUGGCAGCAGGCGCUGCAGCUGCUGCCGAGCCUUCGCACCGCCACCGCAGCGAGAAACGCCGCGGACGAGAGCAAGGCGGCGGUGGGGUACAACGCCCUGCUGACGGCCUUGGGCCGAGGCGGCCAGUGGGAGAAGGUUUUGGCCCUGCGACUGGAGGUGCCGUGCCCCACAGUGGUGACCUACACUGCGGCGCUGAACGCCCUGAGCUUCGACCGCUCGGAAGCUUCGGGCGCCUGGCGCCAGGUGCUGCCGCUGUUGGCAGCGGCGCGGCAGCAGCGGGUGGCGCUGGACUUGAUGGCCUGGAACACCGCAUUGAAGGUUUGCGGGCCCAGGAUGUGGCAGGAGGCGCUGGGGAUGCUGGAGGAGAUGCAAAGCAGCUCUGCCAGGCCUGACAUCAUUAGCUUCACCGCAGCCAUCACCGCCGUAGGCGGGGGCGGCGCGUGGCAGCACGCGCUGAAACUCUUCCACACCGCCUCCAAAUGCUUCCGCCUGGAUGCCCAGAUCUACGUGAGCGCUCUGAGCGCCUGCGCAGACGCUGCCGCCUGGCGGAGCGCGCUGCAGUUGGCCGCCUUGGAACCGGCCCCCUCUCGCGCCGGCCUGGGGGCGCUGCUGCGGGCGCUGAAGGGUCAGUGGCCCUGGGCCUUACGGCAGCUGCGGGCAGCCAAGAAGGAGCAGGUGGACACCUUGGCCUACAACACGGUGCUGGCGGCGCUGCCCUGGGACCAAGGCCUGGCGCUGCUGGUGACCCAAGCGGCGCCGGACGCCGCGGGGUUCGGGGCCGUGCUUAGUGCAUGCGAGGCCUUGCACGAGUGGGCCAUGGCCUUUGCCCUGCUGGAGUACAUGCAACGGUGUUUGGCGUCGCCAGACGUGCAAGCAUGCUGCUCGGCGCUCAGCGCCUGUGAGAAGGGCAGGCAGUGGCAGCGCUGCCUGGCGCUCCUCGCGCGGAUGUGGACUGGCCUUCCGCGGCCGGACGUGGUGGCCUAUGGCGCUGCGGUGAGCGCCUGCGAGAAGUGCGGCCAGUGGCGCUGGGCCGUGCACUUACUGGAGGACCUUCGCGGCCACAGCCUGCAGUUGGACCAGGUGGCUGGGAACGCGGCGCUGGCGGCUCUGCAGACUCGGUGGCCGAUGGCCCUGGCACUGCUGGGGCAGCUGCAGCGGGAGGGCCUGGUGGAUUUGGUCAGCUUCAACGCCGCCAUCGCUGCGGUGCCCUGGCGCUGGGCCCUGCACUUGGCGGAGGAGCUGCGGGUCGCCCAGCUGGAGCCGGACCUUAUCACCGCGGCCGGCCUGGCCCAGUGCCUGGAGGUGAUGGGCGCUUCGAUCGAUGGGCACCACCUGCUGCGCUGGGCGGGAGGUUUGGAGCGCCAGGCGGGCGCGCUGCUGAGGCGCAAGGCCCUUGCGCGGGUUUUGAAUAGGAAUUGAAGGGGCAUGGUUGUGGAAAGCGAGCAGGGCUCGAGGCUCGGGCGGUUGCGGA